CCACAUCGCAUGCAUAGGAAAGGCGUGUACAUGGUUGUGUUAUUGGGUGGGCCGACAGCAGUGCACUUAUUUGACGUCGAGAGUAAAUACAAAUCGCCGUAAGUUUCCUCUUUUUUGGUGGUACAAACUCUCAUUUCAAUAUGUUUUCUUGGCUCAAUAAGGAUGAGAAUCGCCGAAAGCAGCCUCACACCUACAAUUCUGUGGUCGAGGGACUGCAAGAACUGUACAAAACGACGAUAUUCCCGUUGGAAGAACAUUACAGAUUUCAUGACUUCCACUCGCCGGCCAUGGACGCGGCCGACUUCCUGGCGAAGCCGAUGGUCCUACUCGUCGGCCAGUACUCCACAGGAAAGACGACAUUUAUCAGGUAUUUACUCGAAAAAGAUUUCCCUGGAAUUCGCGUGGGUCCCGAGCCCACCACAGAUAGAUUUAUGGCGAUAGAAUACGGUGAAAAUGACUCUGUCAUCCCUGGUAAUGCUCUUGUUGUCGACCCCAAACGACAGUACCGAGCUCUGGGCAAAUUCGGUAACGCUUUCCUGAAUCGUUUCCAGUGCUCGCUAACACAGAGCCCGGUCCUUGAAAGUAUCACAAUUAUUGACACACCAGGUAUCCUAUCUGGUGAAAAGCAGCGACUCGACCGCGGGUACAAUUUUGUUGGUAUAUUGGAGUGGUUUGCCGAACGAGCAGAUCGGAUCAUUCUGCUUUUCGAUGCUCACAAGUUGGACAUCUCUGAUGAGUUCCGCAGAUGUAUCGAGGCCCUGAAGGGCAAUGAUGACAAGAUCCGCAUCGUCCUAAACAAAUCGGACAUGGUUGACCAUCAGCAGUUAAUGAGGGUGUACGGAGCCCUUAUGUGGUCUCUGGGGAAAGUCAUCAACACGCCAGAGGUGUCCCGCGUUUACAUCGGGUCCUUCUGGGAUAAGCCUCUACAUUUUGACAUGAAUAGGAAACUCUUUGAAGCUGAAGAGUUGGAUCUUUUCAAAGAUAUCCAGAGUUUGCCCGGAAAUGCAGCUCUACGAAAGCUAAAUGAUCUCAUCAAAAGGGCAAGACUAGCAAAGGUGCAUGCCUAUGUGAUAAGUCUUCUACGCCGGGAUAUGCCGUCCAUGUUUGGCAAGGAGUCCAAGAAGCAACAGCUGAUCAACAACCUGGCUGAUGUCUACAAAGAAGUGGAGCGCACUUACUCCAUCUCCCCGGGUGACUUCCCCCCAAUGAAGCGCAUGCAGGAAGUCCUUCAGGACAUGGACUUCACCAAGUUCCAUCAACUCAAGCCCAAGAUGAUCGAGAAGCUGGACUUGAUGCUGGCACGGGACAUGACUCGCCUCAUGCAGAUGGUACCCACAGAAGAAGCCCAGCAGGCCAACGACAGCAGGCACAUGCCGAUCCGAGGAGGUGCCUUCGUCGGGAAUGACAACCCAUUUGGCGCUGGAUCUGGUGAAGGCGCCGACUAUGGCAAAGGAGAGAUCAAUGAGUGGGUCAUCUCAGAGAAGAAGCAUAUUUAUGAUCAACUCUUUGAGAAACUUAGUCCUAUUGAUGGUAAGGUAUCAGGUAAAAGUGCCAAAGACCAGAUGGUUAAGUCCAAGCUCCCUAAUACAGUCCUUGGUCGCAUCUGGAAGCUGUCUGACGUGGACCGCGAUGGGAUGCUGGAUUCUGAUGAGUUUGCUGUGGCUCAGCACCUCAUCAGCAUCAAGCUGGAGGGACAUGACAUCCCUGAAUCACUCCCAAGACAUCUUGUCCCUCCUUCUAAACGUCCCUUUGCCACUGAAAGCUCCUUUAAAUAAUCCGCCCAAGGUUCAGUGCAAGAAACAACGGCGCUUUUCUUUUCUCACUAAUCGGUGUGUUGUUGAUAAAAGCAUAAAUCUUGAGCUAGAGUGAAAAUAGCAGCUUUCGGGAAAAACCCAAUAUUUGAAUGAAGACCAAAGCAAUACUGAUAUGUGAUAAGUCAUUGAACAGUAUUGAUAACAUGUAUGUUGGCAAAAUUUCCUGUGAAUGAUGUAUUUAAAAAAAAAUAAAAAAUUGUAAUGAAGAUAAAAUGAUUGCAUUGUGACUGCAAGUUUCUCCAAAACAUAUUUCUAAGGAGUGGACAAAAUGUCAUGAAAACAGCAAUUUCAUGCAAGUCUCGAAGCAACCAAUGUUGUACUUCAUCUUUACAAGCGUAGUAGGCAGACAAAUGUUUGGUAAAAUGCAACUGAAAAAAGGUCCUAAUGCAUGCUUGUCAAAGUUUGUAACACCAAAAGUCACUGUUUGCUGCCAUGAAAAAUGAAAACCGCUGUGAUGCAACAUCCAUGCGUCGUUGUACUCACUGAUCACUGUGCAUGAGUUCAAAGUGUUUAGUUUUUCUUUAUGUAAAUUGGCCCAAAACAAGGCUAUAAUUUAUAAAGGCCACUUUUGGUACAUGUACAGAGAAUGGCAUCUUAGAGAAAAUAUUUAAGAUGAAAAUGACAAUGGUUGUGCUUACUAAAGUUUGCUCAUUGAGCUUGGUUGUUUUGCACCAUAAGGGAUACAUGUAUGUACACAUGUUUGUAUUAUAUGAGAAAUAGUUUUAACCAUGAUAAUCAGAGCACAUUCUGAUUAAAUUUAAAUUGUUUGUUUUGCUUUUAAAAUAAAUGUACCCCCAUCAUCAUGCAUGUAUUGUAAUGUCACAAGGUCAAGCAGCGCCUUCAAUGAAAGCAAAAGAAUCAACUGUUCAUUGGCUCAGAGAAGUGCGUGACUUAUGAACACACUUACACUGUUUGAACUCGGCAAUGGUGACCUACAUUUACAUGUAGAGGUCUAGUGAACAAGAGUCGCAGAAUCUCCACACUCAUGUUUCUUACAUGUAAGUUAACGUUAACAUGGAAUACUAUGUAGCUUAAAGUUUCAAAAGGUUGUAGAUGCUUAGAAAAAACCUGG